CCUUGAUAAAGUUGUUGUCGUUGACGUGGCCGAUGGAUGCCGCCGCCAUAUUGGUAUUUUACCCAGAACAGUUUCCCAUGCAAUCCACGUUAAUAUAACUUUGCAUUUAGUCAUCGGAAGUAGAGAAAGAGACAUAGAUGGCUUUAAAGCUUCCUUAUUAUUUCUUGAUCCUUUUUUCUAUCUUUCAUCACACUGGAUGUGAUGAACACAAUCAUAUUUAUGACAAUACAGAUGAAGUGGUCGUAUGGAUGAACACAGUAGGGCCAUACCACAAUCGGCAGGAAACCUAUGAGUAUUUCUCAUUGCCCUUCUGUGGUGGCCCAAAAGAAAGCAUUAGUCAUUACCAUGAAACACUGGGUGAAGCCUUACUUGGUGUUGAAUUGCAGUUUAGUGGUCUUGACAUAGAUUUUAAAGCUGAAGUUACGAAAACAGAAUAUUGUACCGUAGAAUUAACAGAAGAAAAAUAUCAAGCAUUUGUUUAUGCUGUUAAAAAUCAUUACUGGUACCAGAUGUACAUUGAUGAUCUACCAGUUUGGGGUAUUGUUGGAGAGAUUGGUGAAGGUGGUGAAACCUAUUACAUCUGGACACACAAGAAGUUUGACAUUGGCUACAAUGGGAAACAAAUAGUUGAUGUAAACCUGACGAGCGAGUCAAAGGUGAAGCUUGAACCUAAGAUUAAGUUAACCUUCACUUACCAGGUAAAAUGGAUCCCAUCAUCCAUUAAGUUUGCAGAUAGGUUUGAUAAAUACUUGGAUCCCAGCUUUUUCCAACAUCGAAUUCAUUGGUUCAGUAUCUUCAAUUCUUUCAUGAUGGUGAUCUUUUUGGUUGGCCUUGUCAGUAUGAUCCUUAUGAGGACCUUACGUAAAGAUUAUGCUCGUUACAGCCGUGAAGAAGAUCUUGAUGACAUGGAGAAAGAUCUUGGUGAUGAGUAUGGUUGGAAACAGGUCCAUGGGGAUGUAUUCCGUCCAGCUUCCCAUCCAAUGUUGUUUUCAGCAUUGGUCGGCACAGGUUACCACAUAGGGGUCGUUGCUACUUGUGUUAUCUCGUUUGCCAUUUUGGGAGAACUUUACACUGAGCGAGGAUCUCUGCUGAGUACUGCUAUAUUUGUAUAUGCUGCCACAGCUCCUGUAAAUGGCUAUUUUGGUGGCAGUCUUUAUGCUCGUAUGGGAGGUAAAGUAUGGAUCAAGCAAAUGAUGCUUAGUGCCUUUCUCCUCCCUAUUUUGGUGUGUGGUACAGCCUUUUUCAUCAACUUCAUAGCCAUUUAUUACCAUGCAUCCAGAGCAAUUCCAUUUGGCACUAUGGUUGCUAUAACAUGCAUUUGCUUGUUUGUCAUUUUACCAUUGACUUUGGUCGGGACUGUUCUUGGGAGGAACUUAGCUGGACAGCCCAACUAUCCUUGCCGUAUCAAUGCUGUGCCGAGACCAAUUCCAGAGAAGAAAUGGUUUAUGGAACCAGCUGUGAUCAUUAUACUGGGUGGAGUUCUUCCGUUUGGUUCCAUCUUCAUUGAAAUGUACUUUAUCUUCACAUCAUUCUGGGCCUAUAAGAUCUAUUAUGUCUAUGGCUUUAUGUUACUGGUAUUUCUGAUCCUUGCCAUUGUUACCAUUUGUGUGACCAUUGUCUGUACAUAUUUCCUGCUCAAUGCUGAAGAUUAUCGAUGGCAGUGGACCAGUUUUCUGGCUGGGGCUUCUACAUCAAGUUAUGUUUAUCUCUACUCUUUUUACUAUUUCUUUUUCAAAACAAAGAUGUAUGGAUUGUUCCAGACAACUUUUUACUUUGGCUACAUGGCACUGUUCAGUUUAGCACUAGGGAUUAUGUGUGGUACAUUUGGGUAUAUAGGCACCAGUUAUUUUGUGAGAAAGAUCUAUUCUACUGUAAAAAUUGACUAAAGUGAUGUGGGCAGUGAAAGAAAGAAAUAAAACAAGUAAGAAUAUAGUAAAUAAAAAAAAAUGUCUUUGUGAUGGGACUCUUAGGAUCCACAAAGAUAUGUUGUAAAUAAGGCCACAAUGGCAGCAGCUACAGGCCAGCUGUAGCAGCUGUAGCAUCAUCCUCUCUUUGUCUCCCAACUCUGAAUUUUCAUUUUUUUUUUUUUU